CAUAGGUAGAAAGGCGGGAAGUGAGGAGGAAAUGUCCGGCGGCUGCGGCGGAAAUGGCGCCCCGAAGGCGAGGGAAGAGAGAAACUGAGGGAGCUGAGGCUUUAAAAGACGAGAGCCUUGGGACCAUUGGCAUAAUGCCACUGUGCCACUGUGCAGUGAAACACAGUGAAUCAGACAUGGAAGGGUGCCGCUUUUCACCUGCUGGAGGCCUGAGGGUGUAUCUCUACUGGAAGAGGGAAGAAGGAGAACCAUGCCAAACUUACAUGGAAGGGACCAUUUGUGCUGAAGAAAUCUGCAUUGACAUUGCACAGAAGAUUGGGAUCACACCAAUAUGCUACAGCUUGUUUGCACUGUAUGAUCCACAGGCCAAAAUAUGGUUCCCUCCCAACUACGUGUUUGAGGUUGAUAGUGGGAUGAAGUUGACCCUGCAUUUUCGCAUGAGGUUUUAUUUCCGAAACUGGCAUGGGAUGAAUGACAAGGAGCCAGCAGUCUGUCGCAACAUCCCUCGCUUGAAUGAUUCAGAGGACAAAUCACAGAGGGGAGAGCAAGGCAGUGCCUUGCUGGAUAAAUCAUCAUUUGAGUAUCUCUUUGAGCAAGGGAAAUAUGACUUCAUUAAUGAUGUGGCCUCUCUAAAAGAUAUACGGACUGAGCAGGAGAUACACCAGUUUAAAAAUGAGAGUCUGGGGAUGGCUGUCCUCCACCUCUGUCACAUUGCCCUCAAGAAAGGCAUCUCUCUUGAAGAAGCAGCAGAGAGAACCAGCUUUAAGGAGUGCAUCCCUUGCUCCUUCUGCCGUCAGAUUCAGCAGAAUAAUUACCUGACAAAGUUCCGCAUGAGGCAUGUUUUCAGGAAGUUCUUGCAGCGCUUCCAGCGGCAUACAAUGAGCACUGGCAAACUGACAGAGCAGGACAUUAUGCACAAGUACCUGUCCACUUUGGAGAACCUAGCCCCACGCUUCGGGAGUGAACUGUUCACAGUCCUUUCACUGGAAACCAUUUCGGAGGGCGAGAAGGUGCCUCUUUACAUCAAUGGGGGGAAUACUCAUCUGGAAAACUCCCACGCCUCUCCUCCCAGCGACAGUUCUGCCACCCAUGAGGUUCUAGUCACAGGCACGGACGGCAUUCGGUGGCGGCCCAUCUCUGCUGAGAGAUUGCAGAGCUAUCCUCAUAGAAGUUAUCUGGGAAGGAAAAUGAAGACUAAAGACUACAAGUCCAAGCGGACCUAUUUGUCAGGGGAACAGUGUGAACUCAAAUGGGUGCACUUCUGUGACUUCCAGGAGAUCACGCACAUUGUUGUCAAGGACUACAAAGUCAGCAUCCACCGUCAAGAUAAUAAGUGCCUGGAGCUGACUCUUACCUCCCAUAAAGUUGCAUUAUCAUUAGUUUCACUGGUAGAUGGUUAUUUCAGAUUGACAGCUGACUCUAGCCAUUACCUGUGUCAUGAAGUAGCCCCACCACGACUGGUCAUGAGCAUCCAGAAUGGUAUCCAUGGACCCAUGCAGGAGGAGUUCAUUUUGGUUAAACUGAGGCGGGAGGAACAGGAGGAUGGGCUGUACGUCCUCCGCUGGAGUGUCCUUGACUUCAAUAGGUUGAUCUUGUCAGUACAGAGGAAAAGCCAGAGCUCUCAGGUCCAAGACGCCACAAGCUACAAGCAAUUCCGGAUCCAGAAGAAAGGAAAUUCCUUUGUGCUGGAAGGUUGGCAGCAGGAGUUCCCUAGUGUCCAAGAACUCAUCAAUGCUCUCAAAGGCUGCACUCUGAGAUCUGGAAAUGAGAUUUUCAUUUUGAAGAGGUGCUGUCUCCCAAAGCCAGGAGAGAUUUCUGACCUGUUGAUCACAAAAAAAGUGAAGGACAGUACUCGCCAAAUUCUGAACAUGACCCAACUGAGCUUCCAUCAAAUCCGAAAGGAUGAGAUCACCCAGAAAGCACAUUUGGGACAAGGGACACGUACAAACAUUUACGAUGGUGUGUUGCGUUUGUGUGGAACAAGUAAUGCUGAUGAUGAGACCGAGUACUUCUCUACCGAGCAAAACAACAACUGCCGUGAAAUACAUGUGGUGCUCAAGAUGCUGGACCCUAGCCACAGAGACAUUGCUCUGGCAUUCUUUGAAACAGCCAGCCUGAUGAGCCAGGUCUCCCACAUCCAUUUGGCCUUUGUUCAUGGGGUUUGUGUACGGGGUUCAGAGAAUAUAAUGGUGGAAGAGUAUAUUGAACAUGGCCCCCUGGAUGUCUUCUUGAGAAAAAACAAAGGACGAAUAACAGUGGGCUGGAAAUUCACGGUUGCUGCACAGUUAGCCAGUGCCUUGAGCUACUUGGAAGGAAAAAACCUGGUGCAUGGUAAUGUAUGUGCCAAGAACAUCCUGUUGGCCAGGAAAGGCUUAGACGAUGGAUUGCUUCCCUUCAUCAAGCUCAGUGAUCCUGGAGUCAGCUUUACUGUGCUUUCUUGUGAAGAACGGGUAGAUCGGAUCCCAUGGAUUGCUCCAGAGUGUGUCAAAGAUGUAAGCAACCUCAGCACAGCAGCUGACAAGUGGAGCUUUGGCACCACCCUACUGGAGAUAUGCUUUGAUGCAAAUGUUCCAUUAAAAGAACGCACUCCCUCUGAGAAAGAGCGUUUCUAUGAGAAAAAACAUCGCCUUCCAGAGCCAUCCUUCAAAGAACUUGCUACCUUAAUCAGCCAGUGCAUGAACUAUGCUCCUGGAGAACGACCUUCUUUCCGAACCAUUUUACGGGAUCUUACUCAGCUGCAGCCACAUAAUCCUCUUGACAUUACCUCUGUGAACCCUGAAUUCCCUGUAUCUGACCCAACUGUCUUUCAGAAGCGCUACUUGAAGAAGAUCCGAGAUCUGGGUGAGGGUCACUUUGGCAAAGUGAGCCUAUACUGCUAUGACCCUACCAAUGAUGGAACGGGUGAGAUGGUAGCAGUGAAGUCACUGAAGUCAGGCUGCAGUCAGCAGCUGCUAACCAGCUGGAAAAAGGAAAUUGAGAUUUUGAAGACACUCUACCAUGAGAACAUUGUCAAAUACAAGGGCUGCUGCAGUGAACAAGGAGACAAGAUUGUGCAGCUUAUCAUGGAAUAUGUGCCUUUGGGGAGCCUGAGGGAUUAUCUACCCAAGCACAAUGUCAGCUUGGCCCACAUUCUCCUCUUUGCCCAGCAGAUUUGUGAGGGAAUGGCUUAUCUCCACUCCUUACACUAUGUCCAUAGGGAUUUGGCAGCCAGGAAUGUUCUCCUGGAGAAUGAGAAUGUUGUGAAGAUUGGGGACUUCGGACUCGCCAAAGCCAUCCCCGAAGGACAUGAAUAUUACCGUGUGUGUGAAGAUGGAGAUAGCCCUGUCUUUUGGUAUGCUGUGGAGUGCCUAAAGGACUGUAAAUUCUACUAUGCCUCUGAUGUCUGGUCUUUUGGGGUCACUUUAUAUGAACUGUUGACACGCUGUGAUUCUAGUCAGAGUCCUCCAGCGAAAUUCAUUGAGAUGAUUGGAACAAUUCAUGGUCAGAUGACAGUGCUGAGGCUUAUAGAGCUGCUGGACAGAGGGAAGAGGCUGCCUAGCCCAAAGGACUGUCCUUGUGAGAUCUAUCGCUUGAUGAAAAACUGCUGGGAAUCAGAAUCUUCAUUUCGCCCUACUUUCACUAAUCUUGUGCCCAUUCUCAAAGCCUUCCAUGACAAAUACAGGGCCCAGGCACCCUCAGUUUUCAGCAUGUGUUGAAUAAGAUACAGAGAUCCUCAGCCAAAAAUGACACUCUAAUCUGCCGUCUGUGCCCUGAUGCUGUCCCUGUGUGCCUAGAAAGCCACAGUGCCACGGAAGCUGCUUCCAUGUCUUGCCAUGCCUUCAGACUACGACAUCUGCCAUUUUGUUGCUCAAAACUAGCACAGAGUGCUCCUGCCUUGUCAAGCCCCCAUAUACCAAAUGCGAUGCCGCUGGUGGCAAAAGUCACAUAGAGUCUCUGUGCUGAAAAGAGGUAGCAGCGGCUUAUGAAAGUUUCUGUUACUGUGCCCAUCCAUGGCCUGAAUAGCCUGCAAAGCUAUGCAACUUGGUCUGAGAAUGGAACUCAUAGGUACAGGAAAGUAAGUGAACGGGUUGACUUCUUCAGUAUUUAUUUCUGCCCUAGUGCAGACAGUGUUAUGUGGCUUGGAUUAAAAAGCCAUUGGGACUGAAGCCUGGACAUUUUAAGUGCAAUGCUCAGGCUUUCCAUUGGAAAUGCCAGACUUGGACUGUGGCUGUAGCAUGUUACAUCUGCUCUGCAAAGGGGAGCCACCUGGCCCUUUACUUGUAGUACAUUUUGAAGGAAAUGUGAUUUUUCUGAGACUUGUCUUUGGCCUUUUCUUCACAACAAACACUUUGGAUUCCCAAAGAUAUAUGCACUGGCUUUUGUUCCCAUUUACUUAAUUCUGGGGUAUUUCCAAACUGAUGGGGCUCUCGUUUUUCUUGGAAGCUACUAUCCUGCACGAUACCAUAGCCAUCUUUGCAUUUCUCCUUUGGAGCACACCCUCAUCUCUCCAUUAGAUGUCUGUUACGAAGCCAGAUGCACCCUCAGUUGAUUGGAUACUACAAAGAAUUGCAUCAUGAGCCUGCACUACCAAUCUGUGGAGUGUGGACCAGUGCCACCUGUCUCAGCUGGCAAGUUAUUUCUACAGAGUUAAGCUGGAAAACUCCACUGCAUUGUGCCUUUUUGCAUCUGGAUCUGCACUGAAGAUUUGAAGCAAGAAUUCCUCCUCUACAGAAGCAUGGGCAAGCUUUAGCUCAGCCUCCCUUGCUUGUUCUGUGUCCAAAGCUGCUCUGUGUGUGUACAGAAAGUGAGCGUGUAUGUGACAGAAAGAUUGAUAGAAACUAUGUGAGAAGCAAUCAUGUAUUAAAAACUUUGCUGUAAUGUGAAUGUACUCUGCCCUCAUCUAGCAGCAGCUGGAAUCAUUGACUACAUGUAAUAUGGUAGUAUCUUGUAAAUUUUCUUCAAAUAAACAUCACUUGACUUUUUAUGGC